CGUUAAUUAACCCCAUCGCACUAAACUAGUUAAUCCGAAACUUCCUUCUCUUCUUGUCCUAGUCGGUCGUAAAAACCCCAUCAAAGCACAAACCCUAACCCUAAAAUCGCGGAAACCAUCGUGCGAGUAGAGAGUGAAAGAUGGACGCGCUUCGGAAGCAACUGGAUGUGUUAAUGGGAGCUAAUCGCAAUGGAGACGUCACUGAAGUCAAUCGUAAGUAUUACGAUCGUGAUGUUUGUCGUCUCUUCUUGUCUGGUCUCUGUCCUCACGAACUUUUUCAAUUAACGAAAAUGGACAUGGGGCCUUGUCCAAAGGUGCACUCGUUGCAGUUGCGGAAAGAAUAUGAAGAAGCAAAGGCCAAAGGUGUUGAUAACUAUGAAAGGGAAUUGGAGGAUGUAAUAGAUAGGCUUAUCGUUGAAUGUGACAGAAAAAUUACAAGAGCUCUCAAGCGUCUUGCUGAGGAGGAUGCUAAAGCUGCUAUUGCAAUUUCUGUUUCUGAGGUUACUCAGACAGAAGAGAUCAUGGAGUUGUCCAAGCAGAUCAAAGAGAAACUGAAAGAAGUUGAUCAGUUUGAUUUUGAAGGAAAAACCGAUCUCAAAAUUCGAGCUUUAGAAGAAAUUGAAGAAAUGAGAACAAUAAGAGCCGACAAACAGUCUAUGCUACUUUUGGAUGCUUUCAACAAAGAUAGAGCCUCUCUACCACAACCACUUCUCAAUCCUCCUUCCUUGGCUUCUAUUCCUGUAGUUGUUCCUGAUGCACGUACUCAAGAAUUGAUUAAUGAGAAACUGAAGAAAGCAGAGGAACUUGGUGAGCAAGGGAUGGUUGACGAAGCACAGAAAGCAUUGGAGGAAGCUGAAGCACUGAAGAAGCUUGCACCAAGGCAGGAGGUUGUUGCAGGGGAUUCUGCUAAGUAUACUGCUGCUGAUGUUCGAAUUACUGAUCAGAAGUUGCGUGUCUGUGAUAUUUGUGGAGCAUUCUUGAGUGUUUAUGACAGUGAUCGUCGCUUAGCAGAUCAUUUUGGAGGGAAGCUUCACUUGGGCUACAUGCAAAUUCGUGAGAAGUUAGCUGACCUUCAGGAAGAAAGAAACAAGAAGCGCAAGGUACAUGAAGAUGAUAGAAGGUCGAGAGAGCGUAGUCGUGAAAAUGAACGAGCACCCAGUAAGGAUCGGGACAGAAGCGAUAGCCGGGAACACAGGGAUUAUGACCGAAGAAGCAGGGAUCGUUAUAGGGGUGACAGAGACCGUGGUCGUGACUAUGAAAGAGACAGGGAGCGUUCCCGCAGUUAUGAUUCAAGAAGUCGUCGCAGGUCUCGUUCACGGUCUAAAGAACGCCCCAGAGACUAUGGACGUGAUUAUGAUCGUAAUCGGCGCCAUGACCGAGAUCGAUACUAGAGCUUCAUCUGCUGCAUUUUUCAUCCCAAGGUUUGUUCUUGUGUGGGUCCGAUAUCAUCUGUCGAAGGACAUCUGAAGUUUUAAGUUAUAAUACUUUGUAUGUCUUCUGUUUUGGGUUGGUUUGUUGAAAGAACACAUAGAUGCUUCUUUUGCUGGUUGGAGAAAGAUGGUGAUAAAUUUUAUUAAGCAACUUUUUAGGAUCUCUUUGAAUAGAAAGAUCUUGAUUAUGCUGAGUUGUACUGAGCUUAAUUUUUCAGUCAUACGGUCCUAUCUCAAAUGCGCCUUUUAAUCGUUGGAUUUUUAGACUUGCAUAUGACGAUUUCACCGGAUAAUUAUUAGCCAUGGAAUUGUUUUUUGUGUAAUUGUGGUUAUCAAUACGGUGUUUUUAAGUAUAUCAUGCUCAACAUGCGUAGUUCUCCUGAAGGAAAAGGGAGACCUGAUAGUUGGGGGACCUCUCGUCCAAGAGGUGCUACGAUUUGCAUCGCUUGUUCAUGUAGCUACUGGAGCUAGAGGUGUUUAUUCGGGUGAUCAGGUUAGUUUCGAACGGGUGUCAUUCGGUUCGGUUGUAUUUUAGAUCAGUUAUAUUUCGGAUACAUGUUACAACAGGUCACACUCGAGGUAGAGUCGGUUAGUCACGGUUCGGUUGAAGAUCGGUUAUUCGAGCUAUCGGGUUAGCAUCAGUUCGCUGUCAAUUGAAGUUCGUGUCGAUUUUUAAUCGGUCUCAAGUUGUCAUCGGUUAAUAAUUAGUUUGGUUUUACCGGGUACAAAUUGGGCUCGGGUGUUUUUUAAGUAGAAUUUGGCCACGAAUUACUUAAUAUUAUCAAUCAAAUCAGUAUCAGAUUACGUUGUUAGUCAUUUUUUAAUUAAUGAUAAGGUUCCUUUACUUAAAGCAAAAUUGUUAAAAUGCAAAUUAAUUAGUGAUCUUUAUUACAUUGUAACUUUUACAUGUUUGACC